CAUCUGCCGCCUUUCUUCACACCCCGAGACGACACCAAUGCGCCCCACUCCCGCAGCAGAGUCUGCUGGCCAUGCCGCUGCUGGGACGGAGACGAAGCCUGCUGGACUUCAGACACGGCCAGAGCCAGAGCCAGAGCCAGAACCAAAGCCAGCGCCAGCGCCAGCGCCAGCACGAAACCCAGAACUCGGACCACUCUGCUCAUAUUAAUAAUAACAAUAAUGAUGAUGCGGCUGGCAGUGCAUCCCUGGGUACAUCAUCGGCGCGCUCCAACGCCCGUAACACCCUCCUCCCCAUCGCGCCGCCCAGCACUCCACCGCGGCCAGCGUCGCAGUGCAACCCUUCACAUUCGCGACUGUCGCACGAGCUCCACCCCGACGACAUCGACGCGAGCACGGACAAUGAAGGCACGGGGCGCCUGAACGAACGCUUCAGCCUUAUGAGGUUUCGGAACUUUUCUGAGUCGCACCUGUCUGUCCGUGCUAGAAUGGACGCCGAGCGGGAACGAGUCGACGAAGACAUGCCGCCUGUCCCUGUCCCUACCUCUGCAGACGCUGCGGGAACAGUGCCCACUAUUCUGAAGACAGCCCCGACGAUGGACCACGCUGAGCACGCUGGACAGCAGCAUGCGGGGGAGGAGCGGCGACCAGCGCGGUCGUCGCUGUUCAAGAGGGCGUCGGCGAGGGGCCGCUCAUCACAGCAGCUCGACAGCAGGAAGUCCAUGGAUGAGGUGCGGCAGCAAAAGAAGUCGCUGAGAUGGGGCAGAGCGAGAAGCGGUCUGGAGAGCUUGCACCGUCUAUCUACCAUGCACCUGAACAACCAGCACAUGGCGCCUCCCUCCUACGGCGACGAGUCCAACUCAGCGCUUGCCGUGCCAGUCUCCAUGCCGGAUCCCCGCAUGUCUGAGUCUUCACGAUCAGAUGGGAGCAAUGCGUCUUCCGGAGACGGACACAUCUACGCCUCUACCACUACAACCACGCAUACCGUUUCCACGCAUACUACCUUCUUCAAAUUACCCCGGCGGAACAAAAACCGUAAUUCGCUUUUUCCACUUCCCAUCAAGCUGCCUCAUCCAGAUGACGCGCAAUCUCACGCUGACCAAGGCCCGACAACACCACGUGCCUCGACGCAUUCGACUGUCGAGCGUCCCAGCACCACACCGACCGAGCGCCUCCCAGAGGCCACCCAGCUCAGGCGGGCACAAACAGAAGCAAGCCCGACCAAGCGGCGCUCGCAGUCUGCUCUCUCGUCUCCUCAUGCGUCGUUGGCAAAAGCAUCCCUAUCUUUCGCCGAACCUGGCAUGAAUCUAUUCCGGCACAGCUCUUCGCGGUCAAUCAAUUCUGUCACAUCAUCACCACUACAGCCACCAAUGCGACUGGGUCUACGAGAUAGGUCCUCUACGACCAGUAGCUUCGGUGCGCACAGCUCCCACGAUGCAGGCACUCCGCCGCCUCUUUCGGCGAGUGCGCGAAAUUCUACCUCCACCACCGGCAGAUCAAGUUUUGGCGGAUUCCUGAAUCUUUCCAGAUUUCGUCAGAGUUCGGAGCCUCAUUCGCCCAGGCAUGGGUCGCCAGGAACUGGAAGCAAAUCGAACUCCUUUGCCAUGAGCAGGGAGGCCCUGGUCGUUCCCGAUCGCGAAUAUGGCGACACGCCAGGAAAGUAUUUGGAGCGCCUACAGGCCGCCGUGGCCAAGAGCGUUAUUGCUGGGAUAUUAUCCAAGUCAUCUGAUCCGUUCAUGCAGGCUGUUCUCCGAAGCUAUACUCGCACGUUUCCAUUCUUCACGGAACCAAUAGACAUGUCGUUGCGCAAAUUUUUGCUGCAAGCCGAGUUGCCGAAAGAGACCCAGCAGGUGGAUCGUGUCAUUCAAGCUUUUGCAGACAGAUACCACGAGUGUAAUCCCGGCAUCUUUCUGGAUUCUGGAGUGGCCUAUGUUGUGGCUUUCAGCAUUAUGAUGCUCCAUACCGAUGCCUUCAACAAGAACAACAAGCGAAAGAUGCAGAAGCCAGACUAUCUCAAGAACACCUCUGGCCAAGGCAUUUCGGACGAUGUCCUCGCGUGUUUCUACGACAAUAUUGUCUAUACCCCAUUUGUGCACUGGGACGAGGAUGUCGACUUUAAUGGGGAGAGGAUGAUGCCUUUCAAGUCCAAGAAAAAUCACCACGCGAAGCUGAGAAGCGCUAUACCAGGUUCGGAGACCACGAAGAAGCCAUCAGGUCCUGUUGAUCCGUAUACAUUGAUCAUCGAGAACCGACUGGAUACACUGAGGCCCAAUAUCAAGGAUAGCAUACUGAUGGACGAUCCCUAUGACUAUCGAGGUAACCAAGGCGAGCUCGAUCCUGGAUAUCUCCAACGAGCCUUUACGCAUACUGGAAUGAUCCAGAUCAUUUCCCCUCGUUCCCGACCUGCAGCCUACGAGAGCCAAAUGAUCAAUGGCCAACCGAACCCCACAGAGACUCAACAGGGCAUCAUUGACCUCAAAAUCACCAAAGUCGGUCUGCUUUGGCGCAAGUCGAGCAAGAAGAAGAAAACUAGAAGCCCGUGGCAGGAGUGGGGAGCUAUUCUGACUGCCUCUCAACUCUACUUGUUCAAGAACUCGCACUGGGCUAAAGGCCUGAUGCAACAGUUUCAUAACGCACAGCGACCCAUGCAAGCAAGGACGCCUGUGACUUUCAAGCCGCCUUUGCAGGAUUUCAAACCCGAUGCCCUCAUAAAGACUGAUAACGCUAUCGCUCUAGUGGAUUCCACGUACAACAGACACAAAAAUGCGUUCACCUUCGUGGGAACUAGUGGUCAGGAUGAGGUGUUUUUGGCAGAUAACGAGGCUGAGCUGAACGAUUGGCUGGGACUAAUCAAUUAUGCUGCAGCAUUUCGUGCAGCUGGCGUGCGCAUUAGAGGCAUGGUCGGAGGAAGUGAAGAGGACAAUCGACCAAAUGAUGUGUCCAGGCUGGAUAGCACCAAGUCUACACAUUCGAUUCAGACACAAAUGGGAGAGGCCACGAUCAGAAGCCGCACACUUGAACCAUCACUUCAGAAACAGGUCAUGGCGGCUCGAAGACAGAUUAUGGUCGCCAAGAUCAACGAGCUCGAGAAGGGAAUAGUCGACGCAAAUCGUCAGCUCGAGAGCAUGCUUCGAAACGCACGGCAUCUAUUGGUCUUGGCACCAAUUGCGCCAAAGACACGAGAAGAUGUUGUACACGCUGCUGCCAAAGCGGAUGCCAUGAUCAAAUGGGCACUACGGGACAUUUGGCGCAUGAAGGCCCACCGUGACAUCCUCGCCAUGGAUGUACGGAUCGAUGGCUUGAGUGCCAGUGACCUUGAAAAGCUUACGAUGAGCGUUCCCACGGAGCCAGAGUCCGCGAAGAAGCACAAGCCGACUAUGCUGACUCGACUCAGUUCAUCAAGAACUCCAAAUGCAAGGAGUCCACCUCAAAGCCCACUAACACUUCAGAUGUCGGGCCGGCCGCCGACUAGAGGCUCUGUCGACCGAUCUGCUGGCAUUGAUGUAUUUAGCACACCUCCUGAAUCCGCAAGUCCAGCACGAGAAGAUGGCUGGCGGUUGCCACCUCUCAACAUCGAUGCAUCAGCUGAGCCAGAACCGCAUCGACCGUCUAUCGCCAGUACAUACCUGUCAGCAUCUCCACCUGCCAGCUAUGCAAGCUUGUCUCACUCUGCUUCAAUGUCAAGUAUGCUACAAAUGCAACGAACAGCGUCCACUAGCGCCUCGGAGACGACAACAGGCCGAGGCAAGACCACCCCUGCAGGAAGCAUCAAUGAGCGUGAGCUUCAAUUACUUGCGCGAGCGACGGUGGCGCCCGAUGCUGAAGGCGGAGGACGCGGACCUAGUUUUGAUGGCACCGCCUCUGGCAAUUCUCCCGAGAGCAAGCACAAGGGUGUGCGACGGAGUUUACAGAAGACGCUCAGAGAUCAUCAUCAACAUAGUCACUCUCACCGUCAUCGCAGGAAUAAGAACAGCGAUAGCACUGUGCGGUCUGGUGGCUUUGAAGAUCGGGAGACUGAGGAAGCAACGCCUGGUCUUACGCGUGAGAAGCCUCGCUUCAUUCUGCACGGCAAGCAGGCAUCAGUGGUUCAGUUCGGAGGGGACUGGGAACGCAUAAAGCUUCGCAGAGAACAGUACGGAUCACAACAUUCAGCCUCACCUUACGAGGUCCAACUUGAUGCGGCUGUGGAGCGGCGUCGGUCGGAGCAACAUGAGCUGCUGCGUGCAGGCCUGGCUAGCCCAGUCGUGCACGACUUCGGUCGCGAUACGGCAGACGAGGACACCGAUGCUAUGAGCGUGCUGUCAGAAGGUUCGCGCGGCUUUAGGGAGGAUGCGCAAGUCGCUGCAGCAUACACCACACGCAAAAGUCCAAGUGAUAGCCCGAGGCACGUCUCGUCCUCUGAAGAAGUCUCUGACAUAAUAUCAGGUGUCUUCGAUCUCUCGUCCUGGGAUCCAGAUGCUGGUUGUAGGACAACAGUCAUCGGACCAGCCACAAAAGCAACACCUUCAUCUCCAUUUGAGAGACACAGACGCUACAGUAGUCUACAAAAAUCCCCAGACGGCAACAUCGAACACAUCGAAGAGAAUGACGACGCAAACAGUCCCAUGUAUUCUACACCACCAUCUUUUACAGACAGGGAAAAUCGGCGCACAGUAAUCGGACCUCCAAUGUCUUCCUCCCCUCUGACGGUAAGGAUGUCCCCGGAGUCCACUUCUUCUUCACAACAGGCGUUAGGACGACAUGGAUCGGUACGAAAAAUUGCAUCAGCGGAGGCGUCGACUUCGCUGGGUCGAAGACUUUUUCCUUCCACUGGCUCCACUUCGGCUGGAGCCGCGGCGCACGAGACUCUUGAUGCAGAGGGAGAAAACGAUAGCGAGGGUGAGAAAGGGUUCGUGGCUCCUAUCAGCGAUGAGGAGUUAAGGCGCAUGUCCUCGAGCCUGAGCGCGCCAGCAAGUCCGCAAAGAAUGAGGGUCAUGUAGACCUUCGUACGUUCCUUUAAAGUGUUUUUGAUUUUGAUACCCUCGAGAGCGAAGUGGGAAAUGAAUGGUAUCUGUAGUGAGUAGAUUUUUAUGAUACCCGCUUGCCAAGGGAAAUGGGAUCUGAUUACGACUACAAAGCUUUGCUUCUACCACUCCUGCAAGCUUUCUAUCCCAAGAAUCCACCCUGCAAACACACUUGGACACGCUUCAAUGCAAAGUUUCUCGAGCUUCCACAAAACGAUCGCUCCGACGCUGC